CCUUAACCCUACACUUCUAUUCAAUGGGUACAAAAACGAUAAAAUGGUAAAAUAAUAUUGAUCAGCAUUUUUACGUAAAAAUGGGGUGUCUUAUUUGUGUACCGAUAUUCCAAAGUUUGCUUUCAAGUAUAAUCAUUUGUUCUCAAUUACAAGGGCCUGUUCAUUUGAAUUAUUGGAUUUGACUUUCAGAAAGAUUAAAACUAUAAAAUCGACAAAAAUCGAUGAAUGGUACAGAAUAUGUUAUCUGAUCACAUUGAAUGAACUCUAUGUCAAUUGUCCGGCCAAAAGUGAUUUCCUUUCUUUUUGCUCGCUUUUCGUAACCGCGGCAGCAUAAACAUUUAAUUGCAUUACGAAUUUCAAGCUUUUGCAAGCACGUGCCACGACACGCAAAAUCGAAUCAUUCAGACACACACAGCGUGCAGUGUUCUCCAGUUCGCUGAAUGAAAGAAAGUAACAAUGAAAUAACAUGAUGACCGUUUGCAAUCGAAAAUGUUUUCAUUAAACAGAUAACAACUUGCUUACAUAUGUUAACGAAGAGGAAAUCAAAUCGAGCCGUUUUUUUUGUCGCUUGAAUAUGAUCACCGAAACAAAACUAUUUUAUAUAGUGUGUAUAAAUAAUUCAGUCCAUGUUUAAAAUGGUGUGCGCGGUUUUAUUUUCAUUUUGUUCGCACAUCUUUGGCUCAUUGUUUUGUGGUGGCCGUUUUAAUUGUUCAAAUAGAAAACGAAUGGAGUGUGUGUGUGUGUGUGUGUGUGUACUCACUCCACAUGCAAUUGGUACCACCAUCAGUGGCACAAGAAGCUCCGAAUUAACUAAAAAUGCGUCGCGCACUUUGAUUCAUUGUCAAUGCGUCGCAUUACUUUGUCAAGUGAACAGUAAUUAGCUCUCUUGUUCGUCUGUAGCAAGUGUUUCGAUUCAGUCACGCGAAUUUUUUUUUAAGAUUCUUUCAUCGUCUGUUCAUUUUACUGAAGUGUGAUUUGUUUUUUGGAAAUAUUCUGCGUGAAUUUUGGUCGAUUUGGUGCAUGUGGAUUAUUCGAACAAACGGAGAACCAUGGGGAAACUGCGAAGAAAUUUAUUCGUUUGCUUGUCAAUUGUUUUGCUGAGUGAUUUUGUGCUGAGUGCCAGUGUUGAAAAACAAGGGCUGAGUGCCAGUGCUGAAAAGCGUACCGAUCAAGAUUCGUAUAUUGAUGCCCUGCAUAAAACACACGCAGAGGAUUCGUUGCAUUCGCGUGGUGUCUAUAAAGAUAACAGCAUCUCACCUGGGUAUUUCUACGGUCCGCCAGCAAGUGAAUACGGAUCGCCAGCAAGUGAAUAUGGACUGCCAGCAAGUGAGUAUGGACUGCCAGUUUCGACCGAAUAUGGUGCUCCUCCAUCCAACAGCUAUGGAGCUUCAUCAGCACCCACAUAUGGACCACCCUCAUCGUCUUAUGGGCCACCGUCGUCAUCUUAUGGUCCUCCCUCAUUUAGCUACCACUACGGGCCACCGUCAUACAGUCGACCGGUAAACGUUUACAAUUAUGGUCCAGCGCCGCCAAAAUUCCCCAUCGUCCAUAGUGCUCCUCGCGACGAACAUUGGCUCUUCGAUAAAUUUAAGUUCAAGCUCGAUCUCUUUACCAUCGGCAAAAUUCUCAUUAAAUUGAUUAUUUUCAAGAAAAUCGUUAAAUUCAUUGCAUUGAUCUGUUUGCUGCUCUUCUUGCCACGAUUGCAAACCAAGCAAAUGAAUAUCGUUGACAUGCUGGCCGGUGGCGAUGAAAGUGAAGAAUCAGCCGAAGAAAAGCGAUCAUUCGAUAUGCGUCAAUCAAGACAGAAGCAAAUAAACGAAGUGUCACGAUUCGCAAUGACAGCCAUCGAAUCGUUCACCGACAAACACCUGAUAAAAUGCGGCAACUUGAGUGAUAUUCCAUGCCGUUUCCAAUCAAUGGUCGAUAAUAUCGAUGAGAAAUACCCAUACGAAAGAAUUAUCGAAAUGUUUGUACCAAUUAGCCAAUACUAUUUAUAUCCACCGCAAAAUCCAAACAAAAUGCGUAGGAAGCAGCUGAAACCACAAAAUGCAGCAUCGUUCAAUGAUGUGAACCGAACUGAAGAGAAUAUGCUCCAAUCCGAACAGAGUUACGUUGAAAGUUCAACGCAUCCAUCGAUAGCAACGACCCCACAUUAGUAUAGCCCGUUGCUGUGAGGCAUUAUAACCAGAUAUAAAACACUGCCACCGUCUGGACUAUUUUUAGGUAUCGCAUUGUGUUUGAACGGCAUUUUAUUAAUGUUAGCCAAAUACAGAGAUAGCAUGUAAAUCGUAGAUCGCGCCAUAUAAAUCAAUUUAACUACACCACCACAUAUGUCCAGCUACUAUCCUCCUUUUUCUACCUUCGAUUUCACUCCUAUAUACCAAAAUUAAACAAAUAUAUGUGUCACAUUUGAUCGUCACCAAUUAACUUACAGAUCCAAACACUAAAAACCGAAUUACCAUUACCCGAAUGUCAUUCUAUGUAAGUUGCUAGCAUAUUUUUCUCUUAAAAAAACGCAAAAUCGGUAUUUAGCAAUAUAUGCAAGUGUGUGUGCCUCAUGAUUUUUGACCUAUUGUUUUCGAAAUUCUGGUUUAUAUUCAUUUCGAUAUUGUUUUUCAUUCUUGUACGCUGGUGCUUUCGGUUUUCUAUUUUCUUUCAUUAUCUAUCCAUCUCCCUCUCUUUCUCUCUCUCUCUCUCCGCCUUUUUCAUACGUGUGUGCGCCAUCUCUUUCUCUUGUAUUUAUUUAUUCAAUCAUCGCUAAAGCAUUUUUUAUAAUGAUAAUAAUCUAAUUUAUAUUCUAGAAGUGUAAAAUAAAUUAUUUUUUCGUGUUGUGGAAUACAUUUUAAAAGAAAAACGCA